AAUAUUGUAAACAUUGCCCCACCACGAGACUGUCGCUGGAUCGUAGCGAGUUGUGCUUCGUUUAUUUAUAAAACAACUAGUACACUCUCGUGAGAAAGUGUUUCUUCAAAGGUCAGCAGCACGUGGCCCGCAUCAAGAUAAGAACGUCAAUUAAAGAAAAAUAUGGAACAUAUUCAUUCAGUAUAUGAGCGUCGCUUGAGCUGAAAGCUUGGCGUCUUCCUGGGGUGGGGUUGAAUCUGGAACGCCACUAUGAAGUUGAUUUUGAUAGUCGCACAAGCGUUGAUCGUCGCGAGAUCGUUGGAGGCAAAAACCGUUAUCACAGCAAGUGAUUCGCCGGAAGAAUCGCGUCCUUCGUUGGAAACUUAUAUGCAGGAGAGAAAACAUCUCAUCGAGAAAGAGCAGGAAUGUUUUUUGGGUUCGAAGAUCAUCCUUAACGAACAGGAAACGAUCGUGAACAAGUGCUUGAUGAAGCUGAAGAAGCGAGAGUUGGACCUUGGCUAUAAAAAUAGCUUCAACUUUAUCCCGGCGAGACAUUUCUUCGAAAUGUUGGACAAUAUCAACAAUUCUGCGCUGUUCAAGUUCAUACGAAAGCUUCCGAAGGGUGGAGUAUUGCACGCACAUGAUACGGCCCUUGGAGGUACGGAUCUGAUCGUGAAUGCUACGUACAGAGAAAAUCUCUGGCAGAAGGGAUCGUUUGAAGAUUUAGAAGGACCAAAGUUCUUCUUUAGCAGGGUGAGUCCCGGUGAAGGUUGGCAACGAGUUUCUGACGUUAGGUUUGGUAUGACGGAUGUCGUUUACGAUGCAAAGAUCGUGGAUUUGUUUGGUCUGUACGAUGCUGAUCCGAUCAACACCUACAAGAGCAUCGACAAAGUGUGGCAAAAGUUUCAGAAAAUGUUCUUUGCCUUGGAACCACUGGUAACGUACGAACCAGUCUGGAGGCAGUAUUACUACGACUCGUUGCAGCAGUUUUACGAUGACAACGUGCACUAUCUGGAGUUUCGAGGAGUUUUGCCAAAUGUGUACAAUCUGGAUGGGAAGAUCUUCAACCCAGAAGAGGUCGUGGAGAUGUAUAUCGAAGAAACAGAACGAUUUAAGGAAUCUCAUUCAGCCUUCUUGGGAGCAAAGCUCAUUUAUGCACCAAUCCGAUUUUGCAAUGAUACUGUUGCCGAUUCGUACCUGGAAACAGCCGUGAACCUUCACCUUAAGUUUCCAAACUUUGUCGUUGGAUUCGAUCUCGUAGGACAGGAAGACACCGGAAGACCUCUGAUCGACUUUGUGCCAAAAUUGUUGGAUCUUCCGGCAACGAUCCAGUUUUUCUUUCACGCAGGAGAAACCAACUGGUAUGGCAUGAAUGCAGAUCAGAACUUGGUCGACGCCAUCCUGCUGGGAACCAAGCGCAUCGGCCACGGUUACGCCUUGGUCAAGCAUCCUCACCUGCUGAAGGAAAUCAAACGUCGGCAAAUCUGCGUCGAAGUGAACCCGAUCUCCAACCAGGUCCUCAAACUGGUCCAGGACCAGCGAAAUCACCCCGCGGCGGUAUUCUUCUCGGACGACUACCCGGUGGUGGUGUCCUCGGAUGAUCCGUCCUUUUGGCGGGCCUCCCCGCUGAGUCACGAUUUCUUCAUCGCCUUUCUGGGCAUCGCCUCGUCCCGGCAGGAUCUGCGCAUGCUGAAGCAGCUGGCGCAGAAUUCGAUCGAAUACAGUGCGAUGGCGGAGGCCGAGCGGAAGCAGGCGUUGAAGAGCUGGCAGCACUACUGGGACAAGGCGAUGCACGCGUUGGCGGAGGAAAUAGUGCAGCGCAGAUCCGAACAUGGGUGUGAGUUGUGAGGUGGUUUGUUGAGGUCUGUUUUUUUUCGUAACUUGUAAAUAGAUACAUCAAUUCAA